CCUUUUAAGUUAUAAAGACGAGCCGAGAGGACGUCGUGCAGAAAUUCACUCAAAAGGUUUUAGAGUGACACAUGGAUUCCUCAGCAUCCAAUAUGCCAUCAGUAAAAGUGGAAAUUCCAGAGAAGUUUGUGAGUGAAAGCAGAAGAACAUGCUACAUUUCCAAAAGAUACAUUUUGACUUUUUUCGCUUGGCUGGGGAUGUUGAACAUCUACGCCAUGCGCGUCAAUUUGAGUGUGGCUAUGGUGGCCAUGGUUAACAACACAAAAAGCACCUCUUCUAACGAUUCAUUUCAAGUGAUGGAAUGUCCGAAUCUAAUACAGUACGAAACAGAAGACGGACGGAAGGAAAACGAAGGAUUUAAAGGUGAGCAAUACAACUGGGACUCGAAAGCUCAAGGCAUCAUCUUGGGAUCCUUCUUUUAUGGAUACAUCCUCACUCAACUCCCGGGCGGAAUUCUGUCAGAAAGAUUCGGCGGCAAAUGGCUGUAUGGUGGGGGAUGUCUGGUAACAGCAGUCUUCUCCCUCCUCACACCCCUGGCGGCCAGUUUGGGAACUGGUGCCUUCAUCACAGUGAGAAUUCUAGAAGGUCUGGGAGAAGGUGUGACAUUUCCGGCAGUGAACAUGAUGAUCAGCAGGUGGUCUCCGAAGGUAGAGCGGAGCCGCAUCUCCACCAUCAUCUUCACGGGUUCCCAGAUCGGCAACGUCAUCGCCAUGCCCAUCUCUGGAGUCCUCAGCAGCACGGACCUGCUUGGAGGGUGGCCGUCCGUCUUCUACGUUUUCGGAGCGUUUGGUUGCAUUUGGUUUCUGUUUUGGUGUGUUUUCGUUUACGAAAAUCCCUCUCAGCAUCCGACCAUUUCCAAAGAGGAGCUGCUACACAUCGAACAAAAUAAAGAUGAAAAACCAAAGACGAAGAUGGCCAUUCCAUGGAAGGACAUUUUCACUUCACUUCCCAUGUGGGCCGUGAUCAUCGCUCACAUUGGACACAAUUUCGGAUUCCUGAUACUGCUGACAGAGAUGCCGACCUACCUCAGUGGAAUUCUGCACUUCGACAUCAAAUCGAAUGGGCUUCUGUCUGCCUUGCCUUACAUAGUGCAAGCGGUUUGUGCGUGGCUAGUCUCUUUCUUGGCUGACAGGAUAAGGAAGUCUGGGAAAAUGAGUAUCACUACAAUUCGAAAGGUCUGCAAUUCCAUAGGUCUGUUCGGUCCCGCGGUGUGUCUCCUCGGAGUCACGAUGAGUGGCUGCCGUCCGGACCUCAUCGUCGCCCUGCUGUCCAUGUCACUGGCCCUCAACGGAUUCAUCUAUUCCGGUUUCAAUGUCACCCACGUGGAUAUGAGCCCGGAUUUAGCAGGGACCACUUUUGCAAUUACAAACGCCACUUCCAAUGUUUGUGGGAUAAUUGGCCCUAUGAUUGUCGGAUAUUUUACAGCAACUGGCGCAACUAUUGCAAACUGGAGUGACGUGUUCUACGUCACAGCUGCCGUGUACACCGUCUGUGCCGUGUUCUAUGCCAUCUUUGCGUCAGCUGAACCCCAGCCAUGGGGCACAGUGAACACAGACACGGAAAAGAAGUACAGUCUCGACAACAUCAAAAGCUAGCGACGGUCAAGUGAUGAUUAAGAAUAUUUUCAUUGCACACUGGUAAAUCAAGCCUAAGUUGACGACCAACAGCAGGCUUUUUUUGAGAAAACUGGUUUGUUCCUGACUUGCGGAAACACUUGAUCGAUUGAACCUUGACAUCGAUCGAGAAAGGGAGAAGACAAGAGUGUGGCUGGACAGUAAUUUUACGAUGAAAUUUAAAUGCUGAAUUUCAUUUAAAGAAUUCCUCUAUAUAAUUCCUCUAUUUAACCAUCAAAGUGCAUCGAAACAUUUUGUAAAGAUUUAGUUCAGUGUCUAAUCACCUUAACUUUAUCAUUGGUAUAGAGAAUAUAUUGACUCUAAUGCGCGAUCGAAUUUCCUGAUGAAAUGUUAUUUUAUCCGUUGAUCGAUUAUCUUUUAUCCACGAAUUUUUUUCUUACUUGUUAAUAACUGACUAGUUUAACUAACAUUAAACUUAUCCUAAUUUUAAAAGCAUAUUGAGCAUUCACAAUUUGCUCACGAUAUUUCGUUUAUGAUAUGCCAUUCUAAAAAUAACAAGGAACGGAGAUUAAGAACCAUCCAGUCAAACUUCUCCGUUCAUCUCCACAUAUUUGAUGCAAAUAGAAUAUUGUUUUGAUCAUUUCAGCUCCAAAUCGAAAAAUAUAAAAUAAAUUAAUUCGAUACAGCGCAUUAAGGUAUGUGCACCUCAUUUAAAUAUUUACCUUUCUGUUCAAAUUUAAUCAUCAUUUAAUUAGUCAUUCAGAUAUACAUGCCAUUGCAUGCAUUUAACUGAAUUAUUUCGUAGUAACAGAAAACAGUAAAAUAAAAUUCUGUACGGAAUUUCGCGCUAUCAGGCUCAAAAAUUGGAAAAAGGAACAGUUUGUAGAUCUGUUUUAUAUUUUUGUUAAUGGAUGAAGAUUUUGAUGCAUUGCGUGCCAUUAGAGAUUACUUAUCGUCAAAAAUUCCUGCAUGCUAUGUAUUCCUGAUGUGAGGCAGCGAACUGCAGAAGUGAUUAAUAAGAGCUGUAUCUCACAUAAAUGUGAAUUACUUGCAAUAUAAACAUGUAAGGGGUUAAUAAUGUACAUAUGCAUAUUUCAACACAUAAAUAUUGUAACUCAUAUUUAAGUAUUUUUAAAUAAAGUAAUAAAAUUCACUGCA